GAACAGAGUUACCAGCACUGCCAAGUUUUUUUUUCCCUUCCUUUUCCUUUCCCUUUUUUCCAGCUUUCACUCUUUUCGUCGCAAAGUAAACGUCUGUGUUGCAAAGGAAAAGCCGGAACUCACCUCUCGCAUUGGUUCUCGCAUGGAAAUGACGGCACGCCUGGUUAAAGGAAGCUAGAGCCAAUUGGACCUGCCUGCCCCGCCACACACGACACACACAGCACAGCGCGCUCCCGAGUCUCAACGUCGUUCCGUCUCGUUGAGGCUCUGUGGUUUUUUUUCUCUUGCAACGACGUAAACUCUCUGCCACACUUGCAUCUGCCCUUGCACCCCAUCCCGCAUCCCGCGGCCACCACCACCACCACCACCACCACGACGCUUUCUCCCUUUAGUGGGCUCCCGAGUGGCUCAAUCGACCUUGCCUGAAUUCUUGAAAAAAACAUCGGAUCAACGAAGUCUCUCGCAAAUCAGCCACAACCAUGUCGACCUUCCGUAGGGUCGACGCCCGCCCCCAGGACCCUCCAAUCCCAGGAAAAGAAUACUACCCAAACCAACCAAAAUCCCUCGCCGGCAUAGCCCUCCGCGCCUUCCUCCUAGGCACAACCUUCACCCUCGGCCUCUUAUCUCUAACCUCCAUCCUCCUCUUCACCUCAUCCACCCUCUGGCGCCUCCCCUUCUUCCUCUCCGCCCUCUCCCUCUUCCACUUCCUCGAAUUCUACACAACAGCAGCCUACAACACGCCCCAAGCAACAGUCCACGCCUACCUCCUAACAGCAAACUGGCCCGCCUACGCAAUCGCCCACGCAACAGCCUUUGCAGAAUGUCUCCUCACAACCCUCGUCUUCCCUACUAGCGUCUGGGCACCCUUUGGCCUCCGCACCCCGUUGCUGCUUACAGGUCUGCUGCUCGUCGACAUCGGCCAGACUGUCCGCUCCGCGGCCAUGGUCACGGCCGGCCAGAGCUUCAACCACACCGUCCAGCACUACCGCGCCGAGUCUCACACCCUCGUCACGGGCGGCGUGUACGCCUACUUUCGGCACCCUUCAUAUUUUGGCUUCUUCUGGUGGGCCAUUGGCACCCAGCUCGUCAUGGGGAAUGUGGUUUCCCUGGUGGCAUACGCCGUUGUGCUGUGGUACUUCUUCUCAAAGAGGAUACGCCACGAAGAGGAGCUGUUGGUGCGCUUCUUUGGGCAGGAUUACGAAGACUAUCGCAAGCGUGUUGGGACCAUGAUUCCCUUUUGCGGGUAGCAUGGAUUCGCCACUCUGUGAGGCUCCCAGCCUUUGUAGCACGCGACUAGAGAGCAAAGUUGCAGUUGAGCUAAAUGCCAACUAUCGUUUUUGUCUAAAACCCAAAGAUGGUAGUGUACAUAGAAAAUUACCAGGCCAACGCCAUGUUCCCUUUGACGUUGAUUUCGCCGAUUAUGAGCU